GGAGGUCUGUCUGGAUCUACAAGACCUAAGGCGAAUGAGAGAACGUCUCUCGAGCAUUGCAUCUAGGAAUCAGCAGACGGGAGACCAAUGUCGUACAAGACAUGCAGCGGGGGAAGGCAUCAAGUGUUUCAAGCAGCCGUUUACUAAAAAUGCUGCGAGAAUGAACACAUCAGAGGUGUCGGCUAUAAACCAAGCUCUACAAAGGAAGUCCAUUUUGUCACUCGUUGUGUCGAACAUGAACUAAAUUUGCGAAUCACAUACGGUACAUGUGUGCUUCCCGGUCUCGUGAUCGUGUACUGCAUGAUGUUGACACACGCCUCUGUAAAGUGUCGAGCUGUUGGACUACGUUGUUGGCCCAGGGAGCAUUUUUGAGGCUCCACGGAGUGUCGGUGCUCUUGAAACUAUCCGGAAGGUGAAGAGCUUGACAGUGAGUACCAUAGCUGCCAAAUACCAUGGUACGGAGAGGCCACUUGCAAUCCAGACCAUGUGGCUUCUUCGAGUACAAAACACAUGAUUGUAGUAGAAGUACAUGUAGUAGUGGUAGUUACCCUGGCCUAUCUGCAGAAAGGUAUGCGCUUGCACUAAUGUAGGCUGACACGUCCAUGUACAUCUAAACGCCGUUGAAGGGCAAUCUUCUUUCUGUGCUCAAUGUAUUGUUGCAAAUCAAACGCGUGUAGCCCUAACAAUGCCUAUCUGCUGGGCUCAGUACCCGACGCCAAACGUUUUGCACCCCUGGAUAUCAUGCUAAGAGUAAGAGCCCUUCAGAGAAUGCCAUGCAAGUAAUUAUCUUGGUUGGACUCAGAGUCGCCGAUUUUGGGCUAUGCGGUGAAAGAUGCCUUGCGGAACGCAAUAAGUCGAAUUGAGAAAAAAACAAUAAAAUAACAAGCCAAAGUUUCAUCUCCAAUGGAAUUCAAAUCCAAGCUUGAUCACACACAGGCAUGCCGAACACGGUACAACCUAAGCCACAUGUUCUCCACUUUCUUGAAGUUGUAACCAAGAGCACACAAGAUAUCUACAGAGUUCAUUGUUCACAGUAGCGCGUGACAGCAGAAAUCAAAGCACAAUGGUCUCGUGUGCGUUUAUUUGCCAGGUAUUCAGCGCCAAGGCUUGUUCAAGCCCCAAAGUAAAUUUCUUCAUUCCUUUCCCAAAACUUCAAUGCAGCUUUGUGCUUUGACUUGACCUCUUUGCAGCACAUUGUACUUAUGUGUUGCACUUGGCUGGUCUGCCGAAAGGCCCUACAUACAUUCCUUCAUUGUUUUCUUUCACUGUGCGAUGUUCCUCCGCAGUGCAAGUGAUGCCGCCAUGAGGUUGGAAGGUGCCAAUUUGCAACGCAGCAUGACAAAACUGCUCAGAGCGUGUGUGACGAAUAGAGUUGUGGACGGGGAGCAAGCUGUGCGGGCCUGCGAUUGCUGCAGCCAGCACAGCGUUCUCGUGAACGUGGCACUACCCAGCGGCACAAAGUCAGCAACGUUCAUUGGACUAUGCAGUAAAUGCUAUAUGAAAGCUGGAAUGGAGGAGCCACUUACCGGAGGGGAUAUGCUGAUGAUGGUGGACUUUCUAAUGCAGUUGUUCGGCGAAAAGAACAGCGAUGCUGCUCAGUCGGAGGACGGUGAAUGCGAGCAAUCACGCGCCUCCAGUGACUCAGGAACAUCAAAAUUGCUGAUGAGUUUCGCCAGCAACAAAGUGACAAGAAUGGCUGGCAAAAUUGAGGCGCAUCUAAGCCAUGAUGCUGCCAAGAAGACGUUAUCUAUGGCACUGUUGCGAGUGUACCUCAACAGCUACACGAAUCUAUUCCGUGGAACGCUGCAGGUGCAAGCUUGCCUCCUGCGUGACGGCUCUAGAUCAGAGGAAAUCCGUCUUUCUAAGCCAGAAGAGAUUCGUUCGUCCGGAAAGAUAAAGUGGACGCAGUUGCUCGAAUGGAGUGGUAUUGAUUCAGAAGAGCUGCCCUGUCUGAAGCUGGAGAUGAGCGUGUGGCGGAACAAACCAAUGUGCUUGGUGGGUGUGGCCGAAGUUGCUCUCCAAACGAUUUCCAGUGCAGGCACCAGCUCUCCUGGCCAUUAUAGUAUCUACUAUCAGCCGACAACGCCGGACAGUGACCAGGUGUCCUGCGUCGCGCCAGAGCUGAUCGAAACUAGGUCACAACCUGAGUGCCAGGCGGCCAAAAAGGGGCAAGGAACUUCGUUCCUAUCUCGUCUCAAGAUGUUCUUUGAUGCUGACAUGUUCACUUCGGACACUGGCGACGCAGACAUACCGGAAGAAGAUGUACUCACCGCAUCCACGAUACUUAACCGCAUCGCAGAGCAAGAAAGAAUGGAACACAUCAUCUCCAAGGGCGAGAAUGCAGAUGAUGACGACGACUACCAUUUCGAGAACAUAAUCCCAACUGUAACGUUUGACCACGUAGAUGGAGAGUCGUCCCCGCACGAUACCUGCCCAGGCAAUGAAAACCCUGCAGAAACUGCACUAGGGCAUGGAGACCAGGGAUUGCUUCGACCCGAUAGCAAUUCGCCGGUCAGUGGCUAUGAUGCUGUAGCGCCCAUUCGGCGUCGCAGCAUCAGCUCAGCACCAAAAACGAACUCGACAGUCGGCUCUGACACGUAUUUCGUGUACCCCAUUCUCGCUCCCCGUCACUUCAGCAGCACAUCUGAUGUGAGCUUGGAAAGGGGACACCGGCACUCCAGCUGGGAUCUCACCAUGCAACAGCACAGCUUGGCUCAGUCAUCUGGCGAACACAGUGCCCGCUCCUCUACUGGUACUCCCACACCAGUGGCUGAUGGCAGGGCAGCAACUACCUCUGUGCAAUCUACCAGUGCCAGGCAUCAGCUUCCUGCCGGCAAGUCACGAAGCAGCAACUGUCUUCGACGACAUGUACAAGCCUCUUUUGAAGGUGACUCGCCCUCAGAGCCAGAUGAAAUCAUGACGUUGCGCCGACCAGUACCUGUGGAAAGCGCAGAAGCCAUCAGUAACGAGAUCGAGUUGAGGAGGAGGCAAGUUGAAGACAGACUGGAGAAACGGAACACCCUUGAUCGCCUGGUGCAAGUCAGUCACAAAUUGGCUACUGAAAUGGCUGAUAGUGCAGAAGCUGGUGGAAUGGAUGUUACUCCCCAUUGUGACCAGUCCGAUGACGCGGACACUCACGAAAUCUCCACUGCUCCGGAGCGGUGUAUUGCGGAGCCGGAACAAAAAGGAAGACACAUCUCUUUCGCUGAAGUUCAUACUGAACAAAUGGCACCAUGCAGAGACAGCAACAUGCCACCAACUGAGCUACGACUGAGCUGGACUGAUGACGGCAGACAUGUGACCAUCUAUGUGGAGGAGGCACGGAACGUUUGCUUCAGCAGCAUUGGAAAGACGCUGCCAUCAGGACUUUAUUGCAAAGCCCAUCUUCGCACCAAGGAAGGACGCAAGCUGAAGGCUAAAAAGACCAGCACCGUUCGCUUUACCCCGCAUCCUCACUUCAACGAGAGGCUUGUGUUCGAUGCAACUGCUCGCGGCGGUGACAUGAAGAUGAUGCUGUGGGCCUCCUCUGGUGCCUUAGGUCGACACCAGCUGUUAUGCAGUACUGCGCUCACGACAUCCAGUCAAGCAUCACCCACUGAUACCUCAAAGGAUUGUGGUGAGGGUGAUACGCCCCCGCCUGAGGCUUCUGCCCCGGUCGAGCGGCCCAGCAGCCCCAAGUCCCCCAUGGACAGGCACUGGUACGCACUAAGGCCGGAGACAACCUCUCUGCCCCGGCAACGACGUAUAGGAGAUUCUCCAAUAAAACUGCCCAGCGUCCUACAUCGCUUCAGUCAUAAGCGUUCCAAAGCCAGAGGGCAUUUUGCAGACAGGCGUCUAUCCGUUUCAACUGGAAACCUUGAAGAGAAGUCCGCAAAUUCAUAAACAAUUUGUGGACGUGGAUUUACACGUUGCCCUUGAUACUAUCCGCACUUGAUUUGAUAACGAAUUUGAGUUGUGAAGAAGCUUGAGUAAAUUCUUAAAAUAUUUCAACCAGGCAUACUCAUUUUCGUAAUACAAUAUUCAUUUUUAACCCAAAUAUUUAGCACAUGUCACAUAUAAAAAUACAGGCAAUUAUACGCACUAAUCGUAGAUCUACUCUUGUUCUUCCUCGA